AUGUGUGACGUUUGCUCAGAUUUUCUGCAUUUACUGGAGUCGUAUGAAGUACGAAUAACUAGUAAUGAUGCGAAACAUUCAAUUCUUCUAAAAAGUGAGAUCGAAACCGCUUUUGGUUAUAUACAGGCAUGGCCACAGCGCCAGUGCAUGUGCCUGUAUCGCGAUCCAAAAAAUUUUGAGCGUUUCAAUCUAGUGGUUCAAUCUAUGAUAGUUCUGGCGGUUCAUCACCUCAAACAAAUUAUUCGUUUGAUUGAUGACUAUAAGCGUUUGACGGCAUGUAGCUUAGGCCAAUCAAUUGGUACCCCUACUCAGUCUCAAAAUCAAGCGGUUGAUGAUAAGUCUGUUAAAGAAUCGGAUUCAGAUGAAAACAGUGCAAAACAAAACAAUCGUGAAGAUAAUAAUAGCACGGAACAAUUAAGAGAUUGUAAGAAAGCCAAAAGCGAUAAUAGUACAUCUCCGCCUUGCGCAUCACCAUCACGCAAUUCCGCUUCGCCAGUGGCACCAUCAUCACCGCCACCGCCAGCACCAUCAAUGCGAUUACCGCAAUCGAAUAGAAAUACGUCUGCAGCUGGAUUAGCAUCGAACGUUGAUGUAUCGAAUUCUUACAAAUCUAAUUUAAAUACUGCACCAUCAUCGUCCCACUCGCAAAUGACUGAGGAGCAAUGGAUAUUACCCGAAGUUGAAAAAUUGUUCAUAUUGGUUUCUAAAGUAUUUUUGUUAAAUUUUCCAUUAUACAUUGCUUAUAAACAUGGCACACAUGCACGUUUGGAUGAUAUUUCUGCUGAAGAAGCACAACACCUAGCAAUUUUCUGCGAUUUACACGACAAUGAAAUACCUGUAUAUUUGCUACGUAAUAUAACAUUGUUUUGCAAUUCUGGUGGUUUUGCUGCUAUGAUGUUAUGCUUCGAACAACCUGAUCUGCCUGUCACCACUGCCCAGGCUAUAACCGCCACUGUUUCAAAUAUUAAACUAUGGCUAAACUAUGGUUGCAUUGUGCAAUUGUUUGUACCGUUGCGUAGUCGUGUCUUGCAGUAUAUGUGCAAGUUAUCAGAUCAAAAUUUACGUUCGGCCGCAACUCGAGCGAUGGCCGAUUUUGUUUGGUCUGCCGUUCGCGAUCCAUUAGAUGCCUCCGUCUCCUUCGAUGUAGAGGGUCUGGCAUUGGCAUUCAAGUACUUCACAUCAACUACACUAACAAUGCGUUUAGCAGGAAUGGCACAAAUAAAUGCACACAUUAAUCUCUUUAAUGAAAUCUGCACCACUGAGACUGUCGGCGAGGUGGAGAUCGUUGGUCAAAAAAUUGCAAACUGGUUAACAGAAAAUCAAAUUAUUCAACAUCUCUUCGGACCCAACUUACAUGUCGAAGUAAUAAAGCAGGCUCAUGUAGUUUUGAAUUUUCUAGCUGUAGAAAAUCAAAUUACUGAAGAGCAUAUCAAAUUAAUAUGGCAAGCUACGCAGCUCAAACAUUGUUCCAAGACAAUAUUCGAUAUAUUACCCGCUUUGGUGAAAAACCUGGCACCUCGUCCAGCUAUGCAUCUGUACUCAUUACUGUGCCGCAUGGACCCGAAAGAACAUACCGAACAAAGCAUUUACAUUGCAUCUGCACUUACAAAACUCAUUUGGUCAAGAGAUAAUUCUCGUGCUCAAAUGAGUAUGAUGCAGGAUCACCUCUUGGCUGCGCAUGUCACAGCUUCUAGUUCGGACAGCGGUAGCAUGGACGGUAGCAACUCUGAUGAUGAGCCCGGUAACGGUGAUGACAGUAGUUUAGCAAGUGGCAACCGUAAAAGUCCUAUCGACAUAGAGAACGUUGGCUCCGACACCGGCGCACCGCCUCCUUGUAAGCAGGCACGUCAUAGACGCCACGCUUGCGAUGCUAGCCCUGAAGAUAAAGGUAGUCGCUCUAACAUCGAAGACUUGAACUUGAUCAAUCAAAAGAUCGAUAUGAAAUUGCAAAAUCAUCGCAUUGUAAACAUUAUUGAUAACUCGAGUAGCGAGGAUGACCUACCCCAGGCUGCAUUAGAUGUACAAAUGCAUCGUAAAAAGUCACGAAAACGUCGAAAAAAUAGCAAUUUGCCCCUCACACGUUUAGCACACGAAAUUGUUGAAGCUAUUUGGGAUGGAGGUGAGGAUGAAGAUGGUAGCAGUGAUGAUGCUGACGAUGUUGAUGAAGCUGAUGGCGAGGCUAUAAAUGAUAGCGACGACUGCAGCGACACCGGAGGUCAAGUUGUCCCAAACGCCGUUUUAAAACAUUUGCGCGGAGAGGGUCCUUAUAUCCGUGCUAUUGAUGAGACGCAUAUUAGCGAACUGCUUAACGGUGCCGAAAUCGACGGUUAUUCGUCGCCAAUGAGUAACAAAUCCGAAAAAAAUAUGGCAGAUUUUGACGAUGAAGAUGUUUCGCCAUGUGAAGACGAACUAAGCCAAUUGCAUGCAUUACGCGUUACACAUAAUUGUGUGCCGCCGGCUUUUGCGGCUGCAGCUAUGGCUGCCGCACAUUCGAGUAUUCAACAGCAGCAAUUACAACAAAAAUCAGCAGAAGCAUCCACAGCAGAUUCUAUUACGGCCGUUAAUGAUCCAACUACGAAUGCAGGAUCUGGGGCUGCAGCACCAGUUGGACGUGUAGAUACCGAUUUGCAGCAACAAGUGGCUAAUGUGAAUGCCGCUGCAAUAGCAGCAGCAUUAGCUGCAGUUAUGGUACGACGGACCGGCGAAGCAGCCGACGUUGAUAUGUUGGGGAAUAGUGUUAAGGCAAUAUCGCCGCAGGGUCAGCUUACAGUGCGGGGACCACAAGCUGAUGGACAAGCAAUACCAUUGUCGCCGCAACAGACACCGCCCCAACCACAACAGCCUACGUUCAAAAUUAACGAUGUUUGUCAGCCGGGCAAUACCUUACUUUGGGAUUUGUUGCAGGAUGAUAAAAUUUAUCAAUUAGGUGAAACUCUAGCGUUAGAGGCUGAAAAAGCCCUUGCCACUUUACUAUGCUUUAGUAUGGAUCGCCAGUUGCGCACUAAAUUUAUAGAGGGUUGCCUACAAAAUCUUGCUAGCAACCGGAGUGUCGUAGUGAGUCUGCGUUUAUUGCCUAAGCUGUUUGCAUCGUUCCAACAUUUUCGGCCCGCUGACACACAUCAUGUGACAAUGUGGGCUGAACGACAGCAUCGAAUGAUGUACCAUUUCUUUAAUAAUAUAAAAUUUUAUGCUAAACGCCAUGAAGAGCUGCAAAGCAGGUUAGCUAGUGUUGGUGGUAGUGGCGGCGAAACUCCGCCUGAAGCAUUAAUGUACUCACAUAAGACACAAGUCUCUGUACGUUUACAUUUCUUGUCCUCCAUAUUUUCAACUCUUGGAUCGCCAAAAACUUUUCGUUUAACACUGGAGCAAGUGGAUGCAUUAUGGGAAUGGCUGGCACACGACAGCGAAUGCGCAGACUGCUAUUUCUCUUGGUUGCAGAGCCAGGCCAAAGGGGGUGAUCAGCAUGCUUUAGGUAUUGAUGCCCUACAACAUUUAUAUUUAAAGAAGUUGCCCGAACUGCGACCAGAAGACUUUUCCAUGGUGGCACUCGGCCUCUUUCAACAGCUUUGCAGUUUAGCGCGCAUGGCAAUUGCUCAUUAUGAGAAACAAACCGACUCAAUAUCAUCGACAUCAUCCAACAUAGUAGGCAUGUAUCAUCUGUGGAAAAUCGCACUACGCGCUCACAAUACGGAAGUUUCCCUGGCCGCCAUUCAAUACAUCAAUAUGUAUUAUAUGGGACAACAGUUACGGUUAGAGAAAGAAUUCGUAUCACAAUGUAUGGAUCAUUUGGUUCAGGCAACAAUUACCCUCGAAAGCAACAACGAAGAUGAAAAUGCAUUGAUGUGUGUCCAGCGUGGCCUGAUGCUGCUCAAUACACAUUUGGAGACAUUUCGUCGGCGUUAUGCGUUCCAUUUGCGCCGAUGGGCCAUCGAGGGAAAAGGCGUCUGUUCGCACAGUAAUUUAAAGAAUGAAGCCGUUGGACCGGCCAUCCGUAUAGUGUUGCAACCGGCUGGCCUGUCCGAAAAAUCCGUCCUGCACAUGCAUGCGUGUGAUUUGAUUGCCGAACUUAAAGCUGAAAUCUCAAAAUGGUGGGAAAAUCUGCAGGUCAGCACCAGUAGUAGUGGUGUAUCGGCACCAGUUUUAGGUCUUCUAUUGAGCGACGGUCCGCUACGCAUUAUUACUCAGGGCCAAGAAUUGACAUCGGACUAUGACGAGCGUAGUUUGGGCGAUGCAGGAUUCAAGGAUAAUCAGAUUGUUUAUGUAUCUUUGGGUGGCCGAGGUGCCAGACGCAAAGAAACGAACCUGGAUCAUCCAUCCAUGCAGCCACCACCGCCGAAAGAAUGUCUACCAACAGUAUUAUUACUGCAACCACGCUAUUUUGAAAAACUGUUCUGUCUAAUGCAGACACUGGGCGAUAUGAAGCCGAGUAAUUCAAAUUUACCAUUGUACCACAAAUCACAACUCCUCUCUAGACGUGUUUGGGAGAUCUUGGCCAUGUUGGCAACUAAUCCCUUAAUUCUCGAUGCUUUUAAGGGCCUUAGCAAUGACUUGAAUGACUUCGAACGACUUUCUAACGAAGAGGAGCAAGCUAAUAAGCGAAAGGAGAUUAAGCAGAAAUUAAAUGAAUUACUUGACCCAUGUAAUUUGCAAAAAUUCAUGUACUCUUUGCAUAUUGUUGAGAGUCUCACUUUGAAUAGCGUGUUACAGCAAAAGGGUGGUGGAGGCAAUAAUUCGACGUGUUGUGGUUUGGGAGGCGGUGCAGUUAACGGCAAUGUGGUAUCAAUGGACCAGUACGUGCGCAGUAGUAAAGGCGGCACCAGCUCUUCGAAACGGAGCUCAAGCCGACGACGAAAUAGUAAUGAAAACUCGAAUGCAAAAGAAGAAAAUAAACGUAACAGUAGUGGUAAUAGCAGUGGCGGAAGUAGUAGUUGCAGUGCAAGUGGCAGUGGCAGUGGCAGUGGUAGUAGUGCAAAUACCGCAUUGGAAUCCUUAUCCCAGAAGGAUAACUACGAAAGCGUUGUGCAAAAGGAUGCUGGCAGUGCCAGUGAUGAUGUGGCAAGCGAUGAUACGCCCAAUCAUGACAAGGAAAACAAUCAACCGACAGAGGGUCGACCGCAUAAGCGUCUGAAACGCAGCGAUAGCAAUGCUAAUUUGAACGAUGAUAAAGAGGGUCGACUUGUUAUCAGCGCCGUCGAUUCCGGAAGCAGUACUGCCAUCUCAAGUGGUAAUAGCGUAAGCUGUGGUUCAAAUGCAUCAUCUGCUGCAAAUACUCGCAUAGCAAAUGAGUUAAAAUGGAGUGAGGUAUUCGUGCGGUGCGGUGGCUUACGUUUGCUCUAUGAAAUAUUCAUUUCUGGACAAUUGCAACAAAGCGCACAUCCACACGAAAUGCUUAAUGAGUGGCGUCACGAUUGUUUGGCCAGCCUGCUACGCGUCCUCUGGCUUUUGGGCUUCGAAGAAGUUCAAGCCGAAGAUAUGCAUGUUGUUAUCUCGCGUCCACAUGCUUUCAUGCUGGAACUAAUGAACGUUGAUCCAUGUCUGCGUAGAUUGGCAUCGAUACUCAAUGAUGAGGCAUAUCAUAACUAUGCGGCGCUUAUUCCAACUACGCAGUUUCAAUACCAAUUUCCUUACCAAUAUCAUCAUAUGCGUACCGGAUUCUGGGGAAGAGCUCAAGUGGUUCAAUUCACUAUGAAUAUUAUGGUAAGCUUUGUUCAUGCAUCGGCAGAAGCAAGACGACUACUAUGGACUCAGCCAGAUUAUUGUAAUUGGGUACAAAAAUUCAUAUUGGAAGAUCCAGAGCCUGCGGUAAGACGUGAAAUAUGCGCUGGUCUCUAUCGCAUUUGUUUAGGUAAUGCGCAGAGUUAUCAAGUGCUUUUAGCGCCACUACUCCGCAAACUUAUUUCCUUCUUGCCGCUUGCUGAGAAGAUGACAUCGUAUGUGCAACACACUCAAUAUUUAUUGUCGGACGAGGGCAAGGAACCGUACGGACCAGCAUGCCGUGAUUACUUUUGGUUGCUCGCACGGCUUGUUGACACAAUGACACCGGACAUGGUGAAAUGCUCGCUGGAAGAUGAAUGCGAUGGAGAGGCUAUCGAUAUUGAACGAUUGUGUCAGUCCGUUUCACAAAGUAUAUUGACACGAGAUUUCUUUGAAACCAGGCAUGGCUAUCAGGACGACGGCCUUGUGGGACUCAUCAAUCUAAUGUCUAAUUUCGUAAAAUAUGAUCCAACAUUCAAGUUCAGCAGUCCAGCACUACAGUUCAUAGAUAAAAUUUUUGAAUUUCUCUUCGACAUGCCAUCGCCGAUGAAUCGACAUAAGCCGAAGUGCAAAUCGGCCACAUCACGUGCAGCAGCAUACGACUUAUUGGUGGAGUUAUGCAAAAACUGUCCUAAAAAUUAUGUAUUUUUGCAUGCGAAGCUUUUGGCACAACACACACCUGGUGCCAAAGCUCCAUACCCAUGGGAUUAUUGGCCACGUGAUGAAGGCCGCUCCGAGUGUGGCUACGUUGGUUUGACGAAUUUAGGGGCUACUUGUUACAUGGCCUCUUGCAUACAACAUCUCUAUAUGAUGCCGCAAGCACGUGCUGCUAUUCUGAAUGUACCGCCGACAGGCGCUCAGAAACAUGGACCAACACUCUUGGAGUUGCAACGCAUGUUCGCAUAUUUACUCGAGUCUGAACGUAAAGCGUAUAAUCCACGUUCCUUCUGUCGAGUAUAUCAGAUGGAUCAUCAACCAUUAAAUACUGGCGAGCAAAAGGAUAUGGCAGAAUUCUUUAUAGAUCUAGUGUCCAAGUUGGAAGAGAUGACACCAGAAUUGAAAGAUCUUGUAAAACGUCUGUUUUGUGGUACUUUGAGCAACAAUGUAGUCUCUCUUGACUGUGGACACGUUUCACGAACGGCUGAGGAAUUCUAUACAGUACGUUGCCAAGUUGCUGAUAUGCGUAACCUACAAGAGUCACUGGAUGAGGUCACCGUCAAAGACACGCUUGAGGGUGAUAAUAUGUACACAUGCUCACAGUGUGGCAAAAAAGUUCGAGCUGAGAAGCGCGCCUGUUUCAAAAAGCUACCGCAAAUUUUGUGUUUCAACACGAUGCGGUAUACAUUCAACAUGGUAACAAUGUUAAAAGAGAAGGUUAAUACGCAUUUCUCAUUCCCCAUGCUACUAAACAUGACCGACUAUGUCGAGAAGACUUUAAUGCCUCACCAAUAUAAAGAGGAACGUGAAAAACGCAAGCAAGAACAAGAAAAGCAAAACGCUGACGUUGAUGAAGCCAAUAAAGCCAUGGAUGAAGACAUCGAGGAAUGUUUAGAGUAUGAGCUGGUGGGUGUAACAGUACACACAGGCACUGCCGAUGGAGGUCAUUAUUACAGUUUUAUUAAAGAACGAAGCAAGUCUGUGUUGCAGCAUGACCGUUGGUUUUUAUUUAACGAUGCUGAGGUGAAACCAUUCGAUCCAUCGCAAAUUGCAGCUGAAUGUUUUGGUGGUGAAAUGACAAGCAAAACAUAUGAUUCUGUGACGGAAAAAUACAUGGACUUCAGCUUUGAGAAAACCAAUUCGGCUUAUAUGCUAUUUUACGAAAGGCGUCUGCCAGAUCAUUUAAAACAACGACAAUCGGAAUUGCUAGCAUCGCCAUCUGGCAUUUCUCGCUCAACGAGCGACAGUGGAAAAACAGCUAUUUUAAACGAAGGUGAGGAAGUAGCUGCUGAGUCUAGCACCGAUAAAAAUAAUUCUGAUGAGACAAGUACGGCCGAUAGUGCAAAGAGUGUUAUGGAAGCUAAAAGUAGCGCAAUUAUAAAUUCAAAUGAUGAACAGAAAUCAAAAGUGCUAGAGGCAAGUAUUAGUUCAAAAAUAGAAACAGGCAAAGAUGAGGCUGCCAAUAGUGAACCGCAGGCAUCUACUUCAGCCGCAGCUGCAUCUACUGCAAGUACAAAGCUGACAAUGGAAGUUUGUACUAAAAAUGCACGUGUACAAAUACCAAUUUUAAAUAAAGAGUUAGAGGACUGGAUUUGGCAGGAUAACAGACAAUUUUUGCAGGAUCGUAAUAUAUUCGAGCACACAUACUUCAAUUUUAUGUGGCAAAUAUGUGGUCACAUACCACAAACGCUCCUCGCGCACACCGAUGUUACGUGCAUGGCAGCAAAGUUAUCGGUUUCUUUCUUUAUUGAAACCUUUAUACACGCCAAGGAAAAGCCCACAAUGGUACCUUGGAUUGAGUUGUUAACGAAACAAUUUAAUGCCAGCCAAGAAGCAUGUGAAUGGUUCCUCACGCAUAUGUCUAUCGAACCGUGGUGGCCCGUGCAAGUGCUCAUACAAUGUCCCAAUCAAAUGGUACGUCAAAUGUUCCAGAGGCUUGUUAUUCAUGUGAUUCAAAGGCUAAGAUCCUCGCAUGCUCACUUAUAUCUAAAAACAGAAACCGACGAUGACGGUAAAGAGGUUAUGGGCAAUGCUUCUUGCGUUACACGUUUUAUUAGCUCAUUGAUAUUGCUAAUGGAACACGGUGCUAAAGCGCAUUUACGGCAUUUGUCCGAAUUCUUCGGAUUGCUUUUCGAAUUUUCACGAAUGGGAGAUGAAGAGACUGUGUUUUUAUUGCGCAUAAAUGUGAUUAAGAGUGUGGCCGACUUUUACCUAGGCAAUAAAACACAAGAUUGUAUUGAUGUGGGCUCCGAUAAUGAUGAUAAUUCCUCAGAUGAAGCUUUAUCUGUUGAUAAAACACGUCCAGCGUCACUGGAUAAAAUGAUUGCGUUGGUGGCCAAUUUGGUGGAACGUUCAAGAGGACAAGAUUUCCGGUUGCGACUUUCAACAAAGGAUUAUAAUGCUAUAGCAGGCGGGAAGGGAUUUCCAUUUUUGUAUCAACAAAUUAAGGAUAAUAUUAACCCACAUCAAACUAAACAUCUUAUACAUGCACUGUGCCGUUGGGACGAACGCUUAGCGAAUCAAAUCAUUACAAUGUUGUUCUCAUCCGUAACAAAACAUACGGAAUUGUGUGGUCCAUUCUUCAAGCUACUGACAUUACUAACCGAAACCCAAGGCGGACCGUCCGGCUUACCAUGUUUCUCACAACUGGUUUUGCAACGAGUUUGGGAUGCAGCAGAGUAUUGUCCUCAGUCAGCGCUUGAUUGGCUCGCAUUCCAGGCGCCAAAAAAUAAAAUUGCCCAUGCAUGGAUACUACAAUCCGCUGAUAAUUGGGUAGAACAAUAUCUUUUAGCGCACAAUAAUUCCCGUGUACGCAAUGCUGCUGCAUAUUUGCUCGUGUCACUGGUGCCAUCUCAACCAUUUAGGGCGAAUUUCCGUACACAUUCUCUACAUAAAUUAUCUGCACAUGUUUACCGUGACUUAAAUAGUGAUGCUCAAAUUAUUUUGCACAAUAUUAUUAAUUUGUUACUUCGUCUACUCCGACCUGCUCGGGCCUAUGCAGAUAUCGGCAUACAUGGCACAACCAAACUCACAACUUAUUUCAGUUUGCUUAGUUACUGCAUGGUUUCAAAGACUGAAAAACUAAUGAUUGGUCCUUAUAUGCGUGCACUAUGGGAUCUCUUCCAUCCACGUUUGUCAGAGCCCAGCGUUCCGGCACAUCACAAUAAGCAUGCUCUGCUGGCAUUUUGGCACCACUCAAUUGUCGAUUGUCCUGAGAAUGCACUCAUUGUAGCAAAUUGUCAUGAAAUUACACGGAAUAUUGCAUUUAAUUAUAUUCUCGCUGACCACGAAGAUUCCGAGAUAGUCGCCUACAAUCGUGCCAUGCUACCCGCUUAUUAUGGCCUCUUGCGUUCAUGUUGCGAACAAAGUCGUGCGCUUACUCGUCAACUCGCUGCCCAUCAGAAUUUACAGUGGGCUUUCAAGAAUAUAACGCCGCAUCCGACACAAUAUGCGGCUGCGGUUGAUGAACUUUUUAAACUUAUGGCAUUGUUUGCCGCCAGACAUCCGGAGGCUAGUGAACAGGAGCAACAUGAAGUGGGUACAUUCCGGCGCACAACACUGUCGGCUUACUUGACUAGUUUGGAUGCGCGAGUUUCAUGGGGCACACUUAUAAAUGCAUUACGAAUUUUGAUUGACAAUGAUGAAGAUCGCCUAUUGGUAAUUUAUAAUGGCGGCAUAGAAAUGUGUUUCGAGGCGUUACACACAUUACAUUCCAUGCAUCAUGAGGCAACGGCUUGUCACGUAUCGGGUGAUUUACAAGAGUUACUGAGUGAAUUGGUAUUAUUGCUAACUACACUGCGUAUGAGUACUCGUCUCGAUGCGCCAUCGGCUGCCGGUGGCUCCAGUAAAAAGCAGCUACAACAACAACAGCAACAACAACGUUUACCUGAUGCUGUGAAACGAUUGGCCACUUUUCUCAACACAUUCAAUCCGCCAGAAAUUUGCAGCCUUUCACUAGAAGUGCUCAAGGAAUUGGUACGCAAUCCCAGCUUGGAUGUGACAAGUAUUCUGGCACCCAUACUCAUUAAUUGCCAUCUCUCUGUGGCGAAUGCACCGAGCAAUAUUGGUCCCCUGGGGCCAUAUUUUCCCAGACGUGGUGCCAAAGCACCCUGGCCAACUAUGUCGAAGAAUACUUCUCGACCACCUCGUCCCAUGGUGCAGAUGAGCAUACCACACGGUGAAAUAUUGCAGAAGGGUGUUGAUAUAGAAUACGAUGCACAGGUUGAGGCGUUUUAUCGGCCUUAUCAUGACUUUUUGGAUGUGAUGAUGCGUAUGGCAGUGAAUACAAAUCAAUUGAAUGAGACUUUGGUAAAGUUGAGUUGCUUGGUGGCGAUCGAAGCAGCACCAUUGCAUUUCAAUUUAUUUCCCAAAUUUUGGGUGGGCAUUUACAACAAUAAAACCACAAACAAGUAUGCCGAAUUACUAAUCAACAAUCAAUAUCUUGUUGAAUACAUACACAUAAUAUUGCGGGAUGAACGAGUGUCGCUCAGUGAUCAUUACAUAAGAAACUUUUUAGAAAUCUAUUAUCCCAAGAUAUCUGCCCAGUUGCCCAUUGCACGUCUUCUUUACACAAUAAGUUACUCGAUGCAUUCAAAGGAAGAUCUAGAUGAUCUCUGUGGCGAUUUGUUUGCCAUUCGAGUUAUAGCACAAUGUACAGGUAUACCGACUUCCGUCCGCAAGCAAUUGAGAGGAUCACUUAAAGCAUUACUGUACAAGAGUUCGCGCUAUCAAGAGGUAGCUGAAUUGGAAAUAACUCAAAACAAGAAACUUAAAUUAGAUGAUUCGCCGCCUCCUGCUGAAAAAGGAUCCACAAAAUUGGACGAAAUCACUAACACAAACAGUUCUACAGUUUCUAAAAUGGUAGAUAUGAAAAAAUCUUCAGAAACCGUAUCAAUGGAGGUAGAUAGUGAGAUGGAAUUGAAUAAAAGCCACAAUUCAGCACAGAAUCCCGCAGAGGCUAUGGAAGCGGAAAAAUCUCAAAUUGGAGAGAAAAAAAGUGAUAGAGAUAAUAGUGAGAAUAAAAAUGGUGAUGAUGUAGAUGCAAAGAAUGAAAAUAACGAAAAAAAUACUGCCAAAACAGAAAAAAUCGAUAAAGUUGAACCAAAGGAGAACCAAGUGAAAAGUGAUAAAGACAUAAAGGACACACCAAAAAAGGUGCCUGGUAAGGAUGCUGAUGAUCAAAUGGCUGGUAGCAGCCAAGGAGCACAAACGACCACCGCAGCCGGUUCCUCUGCUGCAGCAACUCAUCUGGAACAGGGCAAAAACACACAAAAGAAAUCCAUUGAGGUGCGUCUAUUCGAGGAGCACGAAAAACGCAUAAGACUCUUACUGACCAUGGAGACAUACAUAAAAAGCAUACUUGUAUUAAUGCAACGUGAUGAAAGCAGUGCCUCACCGACGUCUGGCGUAAUGGGCGGCGGCACAGAUGACGCCGAAAUGGCUGCAGAUGUGGCAGAGGGUGAAUGUAGGAGAGAUGCGUGUUCAAUAUCCGUGGCAGCAGCAUCGCCAACGUCAUCAAGCGCAGCAAUUACGUCUGAUAAGAAAGAAACAAAGCCAUUGCCGGUUAAUGAGCAGAGUGAGGUUAAGACGGACGUGAGUGAAAGCCACAAUUCGCCAAAUAAAGCGCACACUAGCAAACCGUUGGCUAAGGAACAAGAACUCAAUUCAAUUACACAUGUUAAUCCAUUGACAGCAGCACAACCAAAAACGACAACGACACCAACACCCACGAUAUCAGCUGCCACUGCUGCUGCACUCCAUUCUCAACAAAUUUAGUUAUCGUUUAAUGAUUUGCUGAAUAUUUUGUUUUUCGGUAAAAUGCUGGAAUAAUAGCGCCGUGACUAAGUUGAAAGUUGUGUGGACAAAAAAAAGUAGAGGCGCUCACAUAUUUACCGAUUGGAUUAGCGGUAACAUUUUUUUUUUUUUUUUUGUUGACUCUUACUUAUUUAUUGUUAUAAACUGCAAAUAUUUUCUUUAACCACAUAAAGCAUUUGUGUACACGAAUGUAACCAUUAUUUUGAGUUUUUGAUUACGACGUUUUAAAGUACCUACCGCUAGUUGACAUUUCAUGCUAGUUAUUGAUGAUCUUGUUUAUCAUCUAUCAUACAAAUUUGUGACGCCUGCUUAGGAAAUGAAUUUGUUUUCCUUUAUACUCGUACAUUUAUUUUAACAUUGAUAGUAGUGCAAUGCAUUGACUUGAUUUUCUUUUGUUUAUGUAAUGCGAAAUAUUGACGUUUUACGAUAUAUACAUAUAAAUAAUAUUAAUAUAACGAUAAUGAAGAAUUAUAUGAUGCUAUUAGAAUUUCUGACCCAAGGUCAAAAAUAAGAAUGUGAGAAAGUAGAAAAAGAACAAUACAGAGCUAACCAAAGGUUAUCUGUGUAGAGUAGAAACAUACAUACAUACAUACAAAUAUAAAUAAACUGAAUUUUAAACGAAAAAAAAAAAAUUAGGAAACAGAAAAACUAUCAUUAACAACAUAUUUUUCAGUUUGAGACCAGCAAAAUUUGUAUGCAUUUUCUUCUAACCCUUGCGUGAAGCGUAAUAUAUUUCAAAUCAAAAUUAUGUUUAAUAAGUAUACGCUCUAGUUCCUAUUUUCCUAAUUAAGCCUAACGCGGGCAGACAUAGUAAUACUUCGCGCUCGUGCUAAUUAUGGUAGAUUAUAUGCCCCUUUAGCAUUAUUUUAAUUUCCUCUUACAACUUGCUUUUUGUCUUAUAUUUUACAACAAUUCGUUAUGAUAAGAGUCUCAGACUGAAGAGCUUGUAAAUAAUUAUCAAAAAGAGACCGAUUAGCGACAAAAAAA